CAGCGCCUGAAGACGCUCAAUGGCAGGAAAAAACAGUAAACAACUUAAAAAGCGUAGCAGAAGUACAUAAUAUGCAUCAUAAAUACAUUCUACAUACAUAGGACAACACUGUGCGGUUUUAAAGCGUAGCAUCAACACAUCAUCACAACAAAUACAUCAUAUAUUCAUUCAGUGUCACUGUCAUCACUAUAACAGUUCAGCAUUAAAGUAAUCCAAACUAGAUCGUUAAAGCGAACGACGAGAAUGACUUCCAUGAAGAUGUGCCUUUAGAAAAGACAAAAGUGAUGAGGAAACAGGAUGUGAGCGAGGACAGGAAGGGAGGAAGGACAUGAGACAUUUAGGACACUCGCAAGGAGGCGAGGGAGGAGAGAAGAAAAAGAAGAAGUAGUAGUAGUAGUGAAGGUCCAAACAGAACACUUGUUGACAGGUUCUGGGCAUGCUCGGUCGUACUGGCGUGCACGCCUCUCAUUAACGCCCGCUGGCACAGCGGUGACGCGCGCCGGGGCGUCACGUGACCCUCGCGAGAAGGCGGAAGUCUUUGAUCAGGACGCCAGUCGCGGUAGUGCACGAGCAAGGUUUCCCGGCGCGUAUAAACUGGACGGGACCACGCCCCCUCCCUCCAAAAGGUGGGAUGACGUCACGUAUUGACCCACACGGUUCGGCGGUGACUCAAUAAUCUGUUAGCUUCGCAACUCGGCUGAUGGACGUGGACAUUUUGUAGAAGUUGCUCGUCAGACAUGGCCGACUGUUGCCCAGCAGAACCGGAAGCCACAGACAGCCGGACUGCGAGCCCGCUGGCGGCCAAGACCCGCUACCAGAACCCAGCUCUGGGUCACAGCUUCAAGAGGGUCACGCUGACCAAACCGACGUUCUGUCACCACUGCAGCGACUUCCUGUGGGGACUGCUCGGCUUCCUGUGUGAAGUGUGUAACUUCAUGUGUCACGAGAAAUGUCUGAAGACACUGCGCUCGUCGUGCUCCAGCAUGGCGCCCUCUGCUGUGCGGGUCCCCGUGGCUCACUGCUUCGGGCCGGACACCGGCAAGAGACGCAUGUGCUGCGUGUGCAGGAAGCAGACGGAUGGAAACGCCGCGCUUCGUUGUGAAGUGUGUGAGCUUCACGUGCACGCCGACUGCGCCGCCUUCACCUGCGCCGACUGUCGUGCUUGUCACACGGACGGGACUCGAGACCAGGACACGUUUCACCACCACUGGCGGGAGGGCAACCUGGUGUCCAGCGCCAGGUGUGAGGUGUGUCGGCGGUCCUGCGGCUCCACCGACGUCCUGGCGGGAAUGAAGUGCGAGUGGUGCAACAUCACGUGUCACGCAGCAUGUUACCUCAGUGUGGCGCCAGAGUGCACCAUGGGACGUCUGCGUGGCAUGAUGCUGCACCCAUCCUGCGUCCGCCUCCACUCCAGAAACUUCAGCAGGAUGCACUGCUACCGCAUCACGGAGGACAACGGCGGCGGCCAUGAUCUCGAUGACCGCAGUGAUGGCGACCCGUCCGCUGUGGCGUCUAAAGACAGUCAACACGCGACACCCGACUACGGCAAACAGCUUCUGAAAGUCUUUGACGGCGACGACGCCCUCAAACGGGGUCACUUCCGCCUCGUCUCCAUCGUCAGAGCCACCAGGAACGAGGAAGUUGUGGGGGCGGCGCUGAGGGCCUUCUACCUGCCAGAUGAGCCACAGGACUACGAGCUGCAGGAGGUGGGUGGCCUUCAGCGUCUCCACAGCGACGAUGUCCUGAACAGGAACAGCGGCCCUGACAACCGGAAUUCCCUGAAGGACGGCGGCGACGCCUGGCUGCUGAGGCACAAAGGUUGCAACAAUGAGGUCAUCAAGGUGCACGGGGGCUGGCCCAGGUCUGGAGCGGAUUACAUCGCCGUGUCUGUGUCCGAGGGUAGCACAGCUGCGUCCGUCCUCGCGGAAGUCAGCAAGCAGGUGGGGGUCCAGGCAGACGACGUGACAGGAUGUGACCUACAGGAAGUGUUCAUGAGCAGCAAACAAGUGCAGAAACAGACGCUGACCCCGCAGGAGAAGCUUCUGGACAAGCUGCAGGAGAUUCGGAAGGUCAUACAACACGCGCGCAUUCUAGCCGUUAUGUUGUUUGUGUCACUGCGGCAGAUGAACCAGACACGCUUCUACGCCGUGAAGAGGCGGAACCAAGCCGUGCAGGUGAGCCUGCUGAUUGGAGGGCUGCCCCCACUGCUGACCAGGGAGCAGUACUGGCAGCUGAUCCAGGAUCAUCUGACCACCAAGAGUCACCUGGUCUCCAUCAGUCACGUCUACGCCAGCCAAGGCGCCGUGGCACUGCAGAUGUUGUGUUUCUCCGAGGCAGAGCGUGUCUUCAUGUUGGCCAAAGACACGAGAGUCGACAGCAAGUCGCUCUGGUCGCUCGUCAUCCCCGACAUCGCGCACGACGAAAUUAGCGAGGACGUGCGCCCCCUGCUGGUGUUUGUCAACCCGAAGAGCGGCGGCCUGAAAGGCAGAGAACUUCUCUACAGCUUCCGGAAACUUCUCAACCCGCAUCAGGUUUUUGACAUCUCCAGUGGAGGACCGCUGGCAGGCCUCCACACAUUCCGGGACCUUCCAAGGUUCCGCAUGCUGGUGUGCGGGGGGGACGGCACAGUGGGCUGGGUGCUAGGGGUGCUGGAGGCGGUCCGUCACAAACUGGCCUGCCGGGAGCCGCCUGUCGGCAUUGUCCCACUGGGAACAGGUAACGACCUGGCCCGAAUCUUGCGCUGGGGGCCGGGUUACAGCGGCGAGGAGGUCGCCCACAUCCUCGCCUGUGUGGAGGAGGCCGAGGAGGUCCUGAUGGACCGCUGGACCAUCCUGCUGGAUGCGCAGGUCGUCUCUGAAGACGGCAAGGAGAACUUCCUGGAGCCGCCAAAGAUCGUCCACAUGAACAACUACUUUGGACUCGGCAUCGACGCCGAGCUCAGCCUGGACUUCCACCUGGCCCGCGAGGACGACCCGGACAAGUUCACCAGCAGGUUCCACAACAAGGGCGUGUAUGUGAAGGUGGGCCUGCAGAAGAUCAGCGCCACCAGGAGUCUGCACAGGGAACUGCAGCUGCAUGUGGACGGCCGACACGUGCCACUGCCCAACAUCGAGGGUCUCAUCUUCCUCAACAUCCCCAGCUGGGGCUCCGGUGCUGACCUCUGGGGGUCUGAGGUGGACGCUCGCUACAGGAAGCCAAGCAUCAAUGACGGCAUGCUGGAGGUGGUGGGGGUGACGGGGGUGGUGCACAUGGGUCAGGUGCAGAGUGGUCUGCGUUCAGGCAUUCGGAUUGCUCAAGGGACUUACAUGCGUGUGACGCUGAAGAAGGCCUUCCCAGUGCAGGUGGACGGAGAACCUUGGCUGCAGCCUCCAGGUCACAUCAUCAUCUCAGCUGCUGGACCAAAGGUGCGCAUGUUGCGGAAGUUCAAACACAAACAGAAGAAGUCGGCGGGUGGCGCCAAGGACGGGCGCUCUGAAAGCUCCGCCUCCACAGACGGCGUUCAGCCGUGAGAGUGGUGCUGACUUGCAAGGCGGACACCGUGGAGGUAACCAGGAAGUAUGUAACGCAUGCGACGUCUCUGCGGAGACGCUGUCGCGUUACUGCGGCCAUGAUCCAAGUCAAACCUUCAUCCAGGUGUUGCCAUAACGUGCUGCUGAUGUAUUUUACUUGACGCUAAUGAACACACCUUGCUCAAGAGUGUCCAAGACAAGUUAGCUUACUUUUUUUUUUUACAGUAGCUAAACUGCCGACGCUAAUCUUUAUGGACGAGACCAAGUAACAGCUGAGAGUAGCUAAUGUUAGCCUAGCCUGUGAGCUAAUGUACUUGAAAACUAUGUGUUGUUUACAUGACAGCUACACCGUUUUAUGAUGUUUAGCUUAGCGUGUUAGCCAAGUGGUUUUAAAAACUGCUGUUGAAAGUCAAAGGGAGAAAAGCAUUUUUUUUACAUGAUAAAACUCUUCUGUCAAGUGUUUCAAAAAGUGUUUGAGUUAAGUGGGUUCCUUGAAAGCCUUCUUUUCUACAUGAAGUUUGUCAGCGAUACUUCCUGUACGCAUCUUGUGUGUGUGCGAAGUGUGUGAUGACUUCUUUCAAGUGCAGUGACAUCUCGUGCUUUUUCCCUGCCAACACUGAGAGUCAGCUCACUGAUCACAUGACCAGUCGCCAAGAAAGGAACAUUUCAUUGCUUGGUGACACACUCGGGACAUGAAAAACUCGAUUGCGUGUCGUCACAGGCGGUGUUGUGUGGCCCGUUUUAAUGUGACAAGUGUUGCUGCUAAUGCUAACUUCCUUAGCGUGUAGCUUGACCUGCUGCUUCAGUGUAAAAGUGUCUUUAGUCGUGCUUUCAUGACGUGAUGACGUGCUCCUCUUACGUGCCUCCAGACGUCUGUAACGUGACUUGUGCCAAGUGUCGGUUGCACUAAAUGUUUCACAAACAUUCAGGUAUAUGUCUGUAUAGAUAUAUAAAUGUACACGUGCUGACACUGCAGCCAAUAAAGUUCACAUAGAAACCUCUGUUGUUUAUAGUUGAGUUAAAGAGAGUGCUACCGUGUAUGACCAGCAGGGGGCAGAAUGCCAGCAAAACGCCGUCUGCUAGGGGUGGGCUGCAAAUGUUUGUGUCGAUGUUAUACCAAGUACAUACAGGGCCAGUAUUGCCGAUACCGAUACUUUUUACAUAAAAAUCUU